UGUGCAAUUAAUAAUAAAGCCCAUUCAACCCACCGCAUUAAACCCUAGCCACCGGCGGCUCCGCCUUUCCCAUUCGAUUUCCCCAUGACGCUCUGCCACUCCCCCGCCUCCGCAGCCGCCGCCGCCGCCGCCGCUGGCAGCAACCUGGGCCUCCUCCGCCGGUCGCGCUCGGCCCCCGCCGUCGUGAGGUGUAAAAAGAUUGAUUCUCUGAGGGCAAUCAACGGAGCACCGCCAUGCAUUUCAGUGUCUGAUGGAUCACUGCUGACUCCUGUAACACAAGUUUUCCGGGAUGCAAACAUUAGGAACGACACAAGGCUGCGUAUCUUCUCAGGCACAGCCAAUCCUUCCCUUUCGCAGGAAAUAGCAAGCUACUUGGGUUUAGAACUUGGGAAGAUUAAUAUAAAAAGGUUUGCAGACGGCGAAAUAUAUGUUCAGUUACAAGAAAGUGUACGGGGCUGUAAUGUUUUCCUUGUGCAACCAACAUGUCCGCCUGCAAAUGAAAAUCUUAUGGAACUUCUGAUCAUGGUUGAUGCCUGUAGGAGAGCAUCUGCUAAGAAUAUUACUGCAGUUAUCCCUUAUUUUGGUUAUGCCAGGGCUGACAGGAAGUCUCAAGGCCGGGAAUCUAUAGCUGCAAAGCUUGUAGCUAAUAUGAUUACAGAAGCUGGUGCGAACCGUGUCCUUAUUUGUGACCUUCAUUCCAGUCAAGCCAUGGGAUACUUUGACAUCCCAGUAGAUCAUGUUUAUGGUCAGCCGGUGAUUCUUGAUUACCUCGCCAGUAAGACAAUAUGUUCAAAUGAUUUGGUGGUUGUAUCUCCUGAUGUUGGAGGCGUUGCCAGGGCACGUGCUUUUGCCAAAAAGCUGUCCGAUGCACCUUUAGCAAUUGUCGAUAAAAGAAGGCAUGGACACAAUGUUGCUGAGGUCAUGAAUCUUAUUGGAGAUGUUAGAGGAAAAGUGGCUGUUAUGAUGGAUGAUAUGAUUGACACAGCAGGAACUAUUGCCAAAGGAGCUGAGCUACUGCAUCAGGAAGGAGCUCGAGAAGUAUAUGCAUGUUGUACACAUGCUGUUUUUAGUCCACCUGCCAUCGAAAGGUUAUCAAGCGGUUUGUUUCAAGAAGUAAUCAUCACGAACACUAUCCCUCUGAAGGAGGAGAAGAGUUUUCCACAGUUGACCAUUCUUUCAGUUGCUAACCUUUUAGGCGAGACAAUCUGGCGUGUUCAUGACGAUUGCUCAGUUGGUCAUGAGCCAUACUCCAGCUUGGAUAUUGACUAAUGCUUAAGGUGUAUUACCCCUGUCGCGCUUCCUUGGGGGCGCACUACAUCAUGCCUAGGAAUUGUUUUGGAAGGUCGCAGCCUUUUCUUCUUUUUUGUUUAAUAAGCAGCUCUAUGUAAUCCGGAAUUCCGGUAGCACAGAACUUCUAGUAUGCCUUUGAAUGAUAGUACAUAAGAUGUAAGUUUGGAUAUUAGUACUAUUUUUCAGCUAUCCUCAAUGUAUGUACAUACGUGCCAUUUCUUUUCCAGUUUCUAGAUGCCGAGUGUUUAGCUUGA